AUGUCGUUUCGCAAGCGGAAUGUUGGGAUCUCCACAGGCGUGAACGGUACUGCAUCGCCGACAAUACCUGCCUCGCAGCCUGUCGCUGCACAAGCAAACGAGACACUUUCCGGAGUGCGACCAUCCCCAGAUGAUGGACGACCAACGACGUCAACGGGCUCGCGUUCUUUGGACAAUCUGUUGGCCGGUCAUGCAGGUCUACCACUUGGGAAAAUCCUUCUGGUAGAAGAAAACGGGACUACAGAUUUUGCAGGCGCAUUGUUGCGUUAUUAUGCAGCUGAAGGGGUGGUCCAAGAGCACAAAGUACAUGUCGUUGGUCUAGCGGAGCAAUGGGGCAGAACUCUUCCAGGGCUUAUAGGGUCUGCAGACUCUCUGGAUGAGAAGGUCGACAGAAGGAAAGAAGAGAAGAUGAAGAUUGCUUGGAGAUAUGAGCGGUUGGGAGAGUUUGGGACAGGAGUUGCAGGCUCAAGAGCACCGGCUCCUGCUACGAGUAAUACAACUUCUGCACCACUCAGCGCGAAACAAGAAGCUUUCUGCCAUGCUUUUGAUUUGACCAAAAGACUUACGCAUCCAUCCCUGGCUACUGUCAACUAUAUACCUCUUGCACCUCAAAGAGGUUCACCCUUAUCUUCGAUAAUGCAGAACCUACAGACCAGCAUUGCAAACAGUCCACCGAAUACUGUACAUCGAAUUGUGAUUCCUUCGCUUCUCAACCCUGCCAUCUACCCGCCCGAGACAAGUCAGCCUGAAUAUCUGCUCCGAUUCAUCCACUGUCUUCGAGCACUCCUAUCGCAUAAUGCCUAUAACAUAACUGCCAUGAUCACAAUUCCACUAUCGCUUUAUCCAAGAUCAACUGGCCUUAUCCGGUGGGUUGAGAUCCUAUGCGACGGCGUGGUUGAGUUGUGCCCUUUCCCACAUUCAUCGGAUGCAAUAGCGACUUCGGGUGCAGCAACGGCACACGAGGAGCCGCCUCAAGGAAUGCUCAAGACACACAAAUUGCCUGUACUUCACGAACGCGGCGGUGGUAGCGACCAGAACAUCGGCGAAGAUUGGGCUUUUACGUUGAGUCGACGCAGAUUCGAGAUCAAGCCAUUCAGUCUUCCUCCGGCGGAAGGCGACAAUGAAGCUCAGCAGGCACCUAGUGAUAGUAAAAUGCCCAAGAAGGCCGACCUUGAAUUCUGA